AUUAAAAUCGUCCUGAUUAGUUCCAGGAUAUCACUUUAAAGAACGUUAACAAAGUACCGAAGAAAGUCUACGGAUAAACAUAUUAAAUUCCAUAGAGAGAUAUAUCGUGAAAUACCGUCUUAGGAAACGCGAAAAAAAUGGGUUAAAAUGUAAAUGGAUGGGAUGCAUCAGUCGUCGAGCCUUUAAUCACGGAAUGAAAUAACAAUCAAUUAUGAAGAGCAAAACAAACAUAAGCACCCAUUAACGACCGUCGCGUGACUAGAAGGGUUUAAGUUCGUCCGGCGUAAUAUGCAAGCGCUCUGGCAAUCAUCACAGCACCCUAUGUACAUUAGAACCGUAUGGGUGGACGGAUUCCGGCACGCAAUCCUAACACAGGACGACCCCCAUUUCUUGAAACUUGCCGCAAAAAGGCGACGACCAAGUUCAUCAGCGAGCUACGCUAAGUCAACAGUGCAUCAGACCAGAAACAUCAGGAGCUCGUGCUCUUUAAGCCAUCACGACGAAUUAAGGAGUUUAAACCUUGUGAUACGAAAAAGUAGAUUCCAGAAUAAAACUGAGAACACACCCCACAUAGAGAAGCUAAAUUUAUCUGAUGUAGAGAAUUCGAACGACGAAAUUAUUGUUAAAGCAUCCCCACAACCUAUAUGUCAUUUGAACCAUUUUAAACUCGAUUUAGAAAGUGAUAACAUGAGGACCGUUAAAAGCAAUAGGACAGCUCGAAAUGAUGUUAAAGAGAACACCGAAUUAUCGGACAGAGUACUACAGUGGUUGGAUUUAGCUGGAAAAGUUAAUCUGCUGAAUACAGAGAAUGCUGAGCGAAUGUCGCAACCAAGGCACAGUUGGCCGGAGAUACAAAGGCGGAAUUUAGUAAAGUCUAAAACAGCGACGGAUUUGAGGGCGAGAGAAGUUAAAGUCGAUACUAAAACAAGUGGCCCUAUCGAUCGUCAGGAGUUUUACAUGCCUACAUCAGCGAACACGAUAGAAAACUAUGCGCGACAGUCACGGAACAUAAAAUGCACGCCACGCCACGACGCUAAGUUUAAGGAAAACAAAAAGGUCAAAGACAUGAGAGCUAGUGUCAUUGAGACCCGUCAGAAAAUGGUCUCUGAGAGGAAUGCUGUAGAGAAACAGUACGCGGAAAUGGUCAGCAAGAAGUUAUUACCAGAUGUGGGGAAGACGAAGAAGCAAGUGCACAUUUUUAUGCCCGAGGCGUUGACCAAAAAGUUUGGGUCCACCACGCCGAGUGUUACGGAGAGUUUUUUAUCACAGAAAUGUAAUCUUUCGGGCACGAAUCAGGCAACAAAAUGAAGCCGCUACAUAUUUCAU